GUACAAUCCACGACUUGUUCUUUUGCUCUGCAAAUGCCAUUUUGAUUCCAUUCCGGUCGCCACGCCAAGUCAAGUCGUAGCUCAGGCAGCGACAGCACGAUGUCAGGAGACUCGGGAAGCUUGAAGCAUCGAGCGCCAAAGAAGAAGCCUUCGCACAAUGACCUGAAGACAAGUGCCGCCGGCGUGGAGAAGGUCGUUGCGCAGACCCAGGGAGAGGUCAAGGACGCGGUGGGCUCGCAAUGGGACUACAAGAUUGCCCUCGCCAUUCUCACCCUGCUGGGCUUUAUCACCCGGUUCUACGGAAUUUCGCACCCCAACUCCGUGGUGUUUGAUGAAGUGCACUUCGGCAAGUUUGCGUCGUAUUACCUGCAGCGGACAUACUUCUUCGACGUUCACCCUCCCUUCGGCAAGCUUCUCUUCGCCUUUGUCGGCUGGCUCGUUGGCUACGACGGCUCCUUCCUGUUCGAAAACAUCGGCGACUCGUACAUCACCAACAGGGUUCCCUACGUCGCUUACCGCGCCCUUCCCGCUACCAUGGGCGCCCUGACUGUGCCCACUGUGUUCUGGAUCAUGUGGGAGUCCGGCUACUCGCUCCCGGCAUGCGUGACGGCUGCGGGCCUUGUGCUCUUUGACAACGCGCACGUUGGCCAGACGAGGCUCAUCUUACUGGACGCGACACUCAUCUUGAGCAUGGCGUUGAGUAUCCUCUGCUACGUGCGAUUCUACAAGCUGAGGCAUCUUCCGUUCUCGAGGAAGUGGUGGAAAUGGCUGCUUCUUACGGGCGUGUGUCUUAGCUGUGUCAUCUCGACCAAGUAUGUGGGUGCCUUCACGUUCUUCUCGAUUGGCGUGCCCGUCCUCUUCGACCUGUGGGAUCUGCUGGACGUGAACCGGAGACAGGGCGCUUUGACUAUGAUCCAGUUCGGCAAGCAUUUCCUUGCUCGGGCUGUGGGCCUAAUCAUCGUGCCGUUCUUGCUGUAUCUCUUUUGGUUCCAAGUUCACUUCGCCAUUCUCACCAGGUCCGGCCCUGGCGAUGACUUCAUGUCUCCGGAAUUCCAGGAGACUCUUGCGGAUAACAUCAUGACCAUGCAGUCCGUCGGAAUUCAGUAUGGCGAUGUCAUCACCUUGAAGCACAAGGAGACUAGGGUCUACCUCCACAGCCACCCGGAACGGUACCCUCUGCGUUACGAUGAUGGACGAAUCUCGUCUCAGGGCCAGCAAGUCACGGGCUACCCACACAACGACACAAACAACCACUGGCAAGUACUCAAUCCGCAAGACCCAACCGCUAUUGGUAUUCCUGUGAAGAACGGAGACGCCGUUCGCCUUCGACACAUGGUCACUGACACUAUCCUCCUGACUCACGAUGUCGCAUCUCCAUACUACCCCACAAAUCAAGAAUUCACCACCGUUACACACGACCUCGCCUCCGGUGAGCGCUUCAAUGAUACGCUCUUCGAGAUCCGCAUUGAACACGGCAAGCCCGGCCAGGAAUGGAAGACCAUGUCCGGUCACUUCAAGUUGAUCCACGUGCCCACCAAGGUAGCCAUGUGGACGCACACGACUCCCCUCCCAGAAUGGGCAUUCAAGCAAGCCGAGAUCAACGGAAACAAGAACACGCAACAGUCAAGCAAUGUAUGGUAUGCGGAGCAGAUUGUGUCGCUGCCACCGGACAGCGAGCGCCUCAAGCAUGAGCCCCGUAGGAUCAAGAGCAUGCCCUUCCUCAAGAAAUACUUUGAGCUUCAGCGUGCCAUGUUCUUCCAUAACAACGCCUUGACCAGCAGCCAUCCAUACGCCAGUCAACCGAUCGCGUGGCCGUUCUUGUUGAGAGGCGUCAGCUUUUGGACGGAGAAUGAUACGAGGCAGCAGAUUUACUUCCUUGGCAACCCAUUGGGCUGGUGGCUCGCGAGCAGUGUGUUGGCUGUCUUCGCUGGCAUUGUUGGCGCGGAUCAACUCGCGCUGAGACGUGGAAUCGAUGCCCUCGAUAGACGCACACGUGCUCGCCUCUACAACUCCACAGGCUUUUUCUUCCUCACCUGGGCUGCCCAUUACUUCCCAUUCUUUAUCAUGGGUCGUCAACUCUUCCUACACCACUACCUCCCUGCUCAUCUAGCCUCCGCUCUCGUUACAGGCGCCGUCGUCGAGUUCAUCUUUAACAUCGAGCCUUUGACUGAUGAAGAUUUCGACUCCAAGAAACCCAAGCCAAAGUCUCGACCUGUGCGCGAGGCCAUUGCGAGUCAGGGAUUAUAUGCCGCGUGGGCCGCAACGGCCGCAAUAUAUGCGGCUAUUCUCUGGAGCUUUGUCUACUUCGCACCGUUGACAUAUGGACAGCCAGGUUUGGACGUUGACGGAGUGUUGAAGCGAAAGUGGCUGAACUACGAUUUGCACUUUGCUAAAUAAAGCACGGUUGACAUGAGCAGAUGGACAUAGUGCGAAAAGGAAUCGUACGGCAAAGCGGGUAGUAUGUGACUCUUUAACAAUUCAAGCAUGGGGAGGGCGUAACCUAUUUUACUGUCGAGCAGGUCGACCAAAAGCAAUCAGUAUUGUUGGUAUGAACGCGGCUAUUUCCUUUUCCCACUGGGUGGCAGAUCGGACAGCUUUGUGUUAGUAGUUUCCUUGUGUCUGUGCUUUUGUGUAUAAAAUGAAUCUUAGCGAAGGAAACCAUAGAUGUUCAUGCUUACACGUCUGCCUAGCCCUAUUAAUUUGCCGAGUCUAUUCAAUAAGGAGCGUGUAGAAGGAUAAAUGGACGAACAUCUACAAUCAGACAGCCUCGCAGGCUAUACACUCUCUCGUACGACGCGCUUCCGUUUCUCAGAGCUGAGCCUCCUUUUCAUUUCGCUCCAACGUGCUCAAUGGCAACCUCAUGGUGCUCGGCAGGUGCAUCUUCGUCCAUUUUGUCCAAAGUGAUCUCGAGCAUGCCGUGGUGGAGCUUGGCAGUCAUCUUCUCGCGGUCGAUGCCCACGGAGAAAUAGAAGGCCCUUUUCAGCUUGCCGAGGUCGCGCUCCCUCACGAGGGCGUGCACGUUGUGCUUCGGCUUGUGCUCCUUGGACUUGGUCGUGCUCGUCGAGCCUUCACCGGUCUCCUGUAUCUUGACGGGCGUGGUCGAGUCGGUUGCUUGGGCCGCCGGCUCCUUUUUCUCGUCCGGCUUAGCCGGCUCGUUCGCGGUCGCGUCGUCGAAGGACCUGCUCCUCUUCUCGGCUUCGAGGUAUAAGGUGCGCGAGUUGGUCCACCGCAGCUUGAUCUGGUCCUUGGACUCGACGCCCGGCAGCUCUACAUCGAUGUAGUAACGCUUUGGCGUCUCGUACACGUCCGCCUUGGGCUGUGGCCAGGUGUCCUUCCAGAAGUUGUGCAGUCCGCUGGCCAGCUUGUGGCGAGCAUCGUAGAACGGCAGGUGGUGCUCCGGG